ACAUGUGUAUGUGUGUGUUGAAGGAUUGUUAUUAGAUGAGUAGAGGAAAGAUAGAAUAUAGUGAGUUUUAUCUUCAUCAUCAUUAUCAUCAUUCGUUCUCUUCCUCUUUUUUCUCAAUUUCACCUUCUCUCUCCUCCCUUUUUCUCAUCCUUCCAUCAUCAUCGUCGUAUUUUUCUCCUUUCCAAUUGACUGUUAUUGUUGUUUGUUAUAUGUGUUUGUUACUAUUUUUUUGUAUUGUUAAAAAAGCCUAACAUGAUAUACGCUGAGUUUGUCAAACAAGAAAGUGGCUAAAAAUGAGAGAAAUCAUCCACAUCCAAGCUGGUCAAUGUGGCAAUCAAAUCGGUGCCAAAUUUUGGGAAGUUAUAUCAAAUGAACAUGGUAUAGAUGCUCAAGGUGCUUACCACGAGGAGUCUCCCUUGCAACUGGAACGUAUCGAUGUUUACUACAAUGAAGCCUCAGGUUGGAUUCUCAUUGAAAUAUGCUAAAUUAUCAAGUGUCUCUGGAUUUCACCAACAUCAUCACCAUAAUCAUAAUCAUCUUCACUUUCUUCACCUUGUUCACCUUUUAUCCAUGCAUUUCCUCUUAGUGUUAUCACUUGAAGAUAAGGUGCCUUGGAUUAUUAAACCUAAUCUAUUUCUCUACAUUACCACCAUCAUCAACAUGUUCAAUGUAGUGCAAUAAUUCACCUUUCCCUUAUUCUUUCUAUUUUCUCUUUCUUCUAUUAAUGUCUAGCGUGAUUCUUUGCCCUUUUAUAUCAACCGUUUAUACUUUUUUAUGCUUGUCGCUGUUAUCAUCACUUGUGCCUUACCUUUCAUCAAAUUUUGAGUGACACAAUCUCCAAAUAUUUACAAUUAGAAUCUUUUUCACCUAAAAUCGCGUCAAUCUCCUUUUGCACCCUAAAUUUCCAUCUCUAUCCUAAUCAAUCUCCUUUCACAUUUCAAUUUCAUAUUUUAUAUCUCUCCUCUCUCCCUCUCCCAACUUUUACCUCCUCAUGUUUAUUAUUAGUUAACCAUAAAUGAUAUUGCACCAAACAAGGACGACAAUUGACUUGAAAUCAUUCAACCUCAACCCUCAGCUUCUCGCCGGUUAGAUGUAUGUUUUUAUGUACAUGUAUUUAUGGAUGUGUGCGACUCCCAAAUUUUUUAAUGUUAAUGACCUCAAGGUUGAGUCAAAAAAGAGAGGUAAAAUAGAAAGAGGAGAAGCAAAGGGGGAGGGAUGCGUCAUUCUCUCAAUUAUUAUUUGAAAAAAACUUGUUGAAUGUAGAUAACCUAACAUGUUAUUGUGCAUUGUGAACAAGAAAACUGCAAAAAAAGAUGAUGGUGAUGAUUAUCAAGAAAAAGUGUAGAUGUAGGAACGGAGGAAAAAGAAUGAAGAUGAAAUGGCGAAGAAAAGAGUCAAAUACUUAUGUUCCAAGAGCGGUACUGGUUGAUCUGGAACCAGGAACCAUGGAUUCUGUCAGAUCAGGCCCUUAUGGCCAACUUUUCCGUCCUGAUAACUAUGUUUUUGGUCGCAAUGGUGCAGGUAACAACUGGGCUAAAGGACAUUACACCGAAGGCGCUGAAUUGGUUGAUAUAGUCAUGGAAGUUGUUCGUAAAGAAGCCGAACAUUGUGAUUGUCUUCAAGGUUUUCAACUAACUCAUUCACUAGGAGGUGGCACUGGAUCUGGAAUGGGAACUUUACUCAUAUCAAAAUUAAGUGAAGAAUAUCUUGAUCGUAUAAUAACAACGUAUUCUGUUGUUCCUUCACCAAAAGUAUCUGAUGCUGUUGUUGAACCUUAUAAUGCAACUUUAUCCAUUAAUCAACUAAUUGAAUACACCGAUGAAACCUUCUGCAUUGAUAAUGAAGCCUUAUAUGAUAUUUGUUUUCGUACUUUAAAGCUUCCUUCACCUUCUUAUGGUGAGCUUAAUCAUCUGGUUUCAGCAACCAUGUCAGGUGUCACAACAUGUCUGCGAUUUCCAGGUCAAUUGAAUGCGGAUCUUCGGAAGCUUGCCGUUAACAUGGUUCCUUUCCCUCGAUUACAUUUCUUCAUGUCAGGAUUUGCACCAUUAACUGCCAAGUUAUCACAACAAUAUCGUAAUAUAACUGUAUCCGAAUUAACUCAACAAAUGUUUGAUCCUAAAAACAUGAUGGUUGCUGCCGAUCCAAGAAACGGAAGAUAUCUCACCGUAGCUACUAUGUUUAGAGGCCAAAUGUCAAUGAAGGAGGUCGAUGAGCAAAUGAUUUUAACACAGAAUAAAAAUUCAUCCAAUUUUGUUGAGUGGAUACCCAAUAAUGUUAAAGUCGCAGUUUGUGAUAUUCCUCCUAGAGGUCUCAAAAUGUCCGGAACAUUUAUCGGCAAUACAACAGCAAUUCAAGUUAUAUUCAAAAGAAUCUGUGAACAAUUUACAGCAAUGUUUCGUCGUAAAGCUUUUCUCCAUUGGUUCCUUGAAGAAGGAAUGGAUGAAAUGGAGUUUACAGAGGCUGAGUCAAAUGUAUUAGAUCUCAUUGCUGAAUAUCAGCAAUACCAAGAAGCAACAGCGGAAGAUGAUUACAUUGAAAUUGAAGAGGAAUAUUAUGAUGAAUCAGAAGAAAAUUACUCAUUGGAAGAUGAGAAUGAAUCUUAGAACUAGAAGAUAAAGAAGUAAUUCAGAGAAAUGAAAACCAAUACAAAGAGCAAACUCGCAAAUCGAGAUAAAAAGACAUAAUGUUCACUGAGAGUGAUAUUUAAUAUAGAGAUGAUUAAAAGUAAACGGACAAUUCGUCUGGCGCUCAACGACUUAUAUGUAUAUAAACUAAUAUAUAUAUAUUCAUCAAAUCAUGACCUAUGUAACUAUUAUCAUAUAACAAUAUUGCAAUUCACAUUGGAGUCAAGGCCAAUCAACUAAACCACAAUGGACGAAUUAUCAUUGGCAUUAUCAGGCUCUUAACUGAUAGUAAAUUACCUAAAUUGACUGUGGUUAAUCAAAUGAGCCGUCCAUCUGGAUUAAUCAACAUAAAUGGAAAUAAUUGCAUUUAAUUGCCUUCUCAAACCCACCUUAGUGCUUACCACUAUAAUCAUCAUUUAAUCCAUCAUAUUACAUGACAAUUAUCAAGACAAUUUGCUGCUUUAACCAUCAACGGAUCUAUUUGAGAGAUUAUCUUCUUCAUCCUUCCAUCAUCAAAUUCCUAUUUCCGUCCAUCAUCAAAAUUGUCUUCUAAUCACCUUUUUUUGCCUAUUUUUCAUGAUAGUUUUUUUCUUUAUCAUUUUCAUCUUAUUUGCCUCUUUCCUUCUGACUGAUCAUCAUCUUCUGUGAUGAACCAAAAUGCAAUUUCAUUAUCUUUAUUAAUUAUUUAAAUUUAUUCUUAACUAAAAUCAUGUCUUUAUUAUCGACUAAUCACAGGACGAUAAAUACUACUAAUUGUGCAAUUGCAUUUAAAUGUAAAGAUGUAACCAAAAGCUUUGCUUUAGUUUUUUUCCUAUUACAUGCUUUUUUAGAGAAUCAAUAUUUAUGUAUACUCGGAAUACUCUUAGACAAUCAAAUAAAACAAGUUCUAAUACCAAA